AAAUGUCUUCAUAGCUUUUGUGAGGUGUAAAAUAUAUUUUUGGAAAUUUUAUGGACCCCACCAUCUCUCUUCCCAAACCACAUCCACACUUUUCAACCAAUAUCCUAUUUUUUGCACCUCUUUCUUUGAUGAUCCAUUAUUUUGCAAAAGAAGAGACAACACACCCAUAAGCCAAAAUUUCAAGCUAAAAUCAGAGAAGCAAUUCUUUUUUACACUACUUAGUACAUAACCCUGCUCUUGUUUUCUCUUUUUAACAUCUUUUGGAGCACCAAUUGUCUUUGCUAUGCCAGGAAUUAUCUUAGUUUCAGUUUUGGAAUUUGUGGACCUUCCAGUUUCAUCACCUUCUUCAUCAAUAUCAAUAAAAAUUUCAAUGGGGAAGAGAGAAUACCAAACUUGGGACAAAGGAGAAUUUUCCUUCCCAUUGACAACUCUCCGUGACAAUUUGACUGUUGUUCUUCAGAAUGCUGAGGGCAAUGAGAUAUCACAAGCAGGUGUUGAAACCAAGUCCAUAGUUGAAAAAGGUCUUUGGGAUGAUUUUUUCCCUCUAAAAGGAGGUGGGCAUGUUCACAUGAGGCUGCAGUUUGUACUCAAUGAAGACGAGCGGAACAGAAUCCGAAUGAUGAGAGAAUCUGCAUUGAAAAAGAAACGUGGAGAACCUCUCGAUUGCAGAACUAGUAGUAGUGUUGCAGUUGCUACUAAUGACAGUAGUCAAGUUGCUUCACCUGUUUGGCAUAUGAUCUCAUCAGAUAAAAACAAAGAGACUUCAUCAGCCAUUGAUUCAACCCAAAGAGUUGAUGUUCAUCUAAGAAGAAUCGAUCAUAGGGAGUCAAAUGAGAAAGUUGAGGCUCAAUCAUUUUCUUCCAAGACUCCUACAAGAGCUAUGAAAAGUUCAGAAUCGAAUUCUUCUCGUGGGAGACGAGGAUCUUUGGAGAGGAUUCCUAGUGUCAAGAAAAUGAUAAGUGCCUUUGAAACUAAUGUAGAUCAGGAUAUGAAGCCUCAAAUCAAAUCACAACAGGAAAAACUACAAGAGAAUAAGAUUGGAUUGGAGCUCAAGGAAAGAAAGACAGCGGUGAACAUGAAAACUGUUCAGGGUACUUCAGAGAAGUUGGAGAAGUUGAGUACAGUGAAAGGUACGAAAGUCGGUCCUAAUGGUAUAUUAAAACUAGUACAUAAAGUAGACUUAAAGGAAGAGGUACCUCAUGUAGAUUUGAUAAGAACAUCGAAUUCAGUUAGGCCCAAAAGUCAAAAUGAUGGUGACAACCAAAAUUCUAGUGGUGCUUCAGUUGGUGAGAACAGUGAAGCUGAUGUUUCUUUAGAACAUUCACAAAGCUCUACUCAUGAUUUGACAUCAGUAGCUGAGUAUGAAGAUAUCAUGGGUGAUUCUUUUAAGGGCUCUGAUUUAUGGAUAUUCCCGGAUCAACUAAGACGAUUCUGUGUAACAACAGGUGGUCAGAAGUUGAUGGAUUUAAGGGGAGGUUAUAGUAUUAAGCCAGAAGUUCACAAAGAGAAGACGAACUUCUCAACACAAGACAAGCCUAAAGAAGAUGGUGGCAUUGUUAAGGAGGUGGACAGAAGCAAGAAAAGUCACAAAGUGAGAGAAUUAAAGGCUAAUAGUGAGGAGGUUAAAUCUUCUGGUGGACCAGUUGGACAGGCCAUAAAAGUUGCAAUCAUAGUAGGAUUUGGAGUACUUGUUCUCUUUACCAGGCAGAAAUAACAGGUGUAUAUAUGUAAGAUUGUCCCUGAGUUCUUUUCUCCAAGAAAAGUACUGUGAAGUGAAAUAGGUACUGAAUUUUAAUGACAUACAUUGUUUUAAUAUACUAUUUUAUUUCAUGUAUCUAUGCCUUCUAAUUUAGGGUCUUAUUUUCUAUGUUUCAAAUAAAAAUCAGGCAAUGGUAUUGACUAUUGAUUGAGCAUCGGCCAUGUGGUUUUCUUAUUCACAUUUUAAUAUGUAAUUUUUUUUUUUCUAAUUGUAUUAUUUCUGUCCAUGUGAUUAAUUUUUCUUGUAUUUCGAAUUUGGAAUCUUUGGUUGUAAGAUUAAUCUCACAACUUUACCUAUUAGCUUAAAUGAUAGCUAAAUGAUGAUUUAUGUCAAA